AUGAGUUCUGACCCUGAAAUCAAGGAGAUAACCAUCUCCUCGAACGCGGACACCGAGAUCCUCAUCAAAGAAUACACUAGGGGUUAUAGCGGUGAGAAGAAGAUAGCAAAGUGCGUUUUGAUGAAAGUCGAGCGCGAGAAGCUACUUGAAGCUGAAUACUUUCGAGCAAUGUUUGGUCACGGUCGCUGGCUGGAGUCAGCAAGUCAUAGAGUCACCCUGGAGGAGGACAACUGCACGGGUAUGGAAGUUCUCCUGCGCAGCCUUCACGGCACCCUCAAGGACAUGCCUCUUGAUUCAGUCACCGUUCCAGGAACAUGGCAUGUGAUCAUGUCGUGCGAUAAGUACAACGUUGAUCAGAAAAGUCUGAGUUCAUGGUUCGAGACAUGGUGGAAGCAUGAGAGUCAGAAGGAGGACACCAAAGAUUACUACACUGAGUUUUCUAGGAAAAUGAUGUACCCAUGCUUCGUAUUUGACUAUGCCCAUGGAUUUCAAUCUGCCACCAAGGAGCUGGUGUAUGAAUCCGUCGGUCACAUUACCGAGAAAAAUCCAACUGACAUUGGGCGGAUGCAUUUGCCCCCGCGCAUCAUCCAGCAGAUCAACGCGGCCCGUGGACGGCUUAGAACUAUUCUUCACAAGGGGUUGUUCGAAACACUUGGAAAUCUGGCCAAUGAUGGGAAGUGUUCCUGUAAGGAACUGACUACCUUUGAAUACUUGCGGGAGAUGGCCAGAAUUCACGUCUGGCCGCUGGAAGACUGCAUGAAAGCCGAAAGUAUCAAUCAGAUGCUCGAACGACUGCGUUUGUUUGAUGCAACGAAAAUGCGAAAGCUUACGGACCCUCUGUCUGGAAAAGUGAGACCGUGCUAUUAUUGUAACACAUCUUGGGACGCUAUUGUUUUGCGAGCAGCCAAAACAGUAGCAGAGUACUUUGAUGGUCUCUGCUUGGACUGUAUGGACAUCAGUAAGGAUCUACGUUCUUAUGGUGACAGAGAUGCGGAUUACUGGGAACAUAAUGAGUUGGAGAUGUGGGAUACUGAUUGUCGGAUUAGACAUGGAGAGCCCACAUGGUACUUUAGUUUCAUGGGGCGUAGGGAGAAGCGCGGCUUAAUCGGAGAUUGA